AUGACGCGAAGGCCUAAAGAAUUAAACAAAAAUAUUCUGAUGGCAUUUAUCCCCGAGUCCACCUGCUUGGGAAUCGAUAUCGAGUGGAAAAGGCCGAAUAACUUCAGUAGCGCCGACGAGGAGAACACUUGGCUGCAAACCUCUCAAAUGGAGGCCAUGGAGAUCAAGCUUAAUCUGGAGUGCGGUCGUCUGAAGCCGAGGGACAUGCCCGGUAGAAUAAUCGUGGAGCCGAAACAAAGGCUCAUUCCAAAGAUCGAGUCCAGGCGGUUUGAGAAGGAGUUGGUUGAGCGCGAGGUUGCGCUACUCACGGAACGCGAUUUUGUCAAGCUCUUCAGCCAACUGCAGGAUUGUUUAACAUUGUGGAAUCCUGACGUGUGCUUCACGGUCCUAGAUAAGAUCAAGAAGAUGAAGCUGACCAAACUAAUGCUCCUUCGGAAUCCGGAUUUCGUCCACAAGAUGCGAGUACUUCGUGAAUUUGAUGGGAAAGAGGAGGAGUUUAAAAAGGAUGACCUGAUCCUUCGCCAAAAGUCAAGUGAAAUAUAUGACAAAUUUAAGAAAAUAUUCAACACCGAUCUGGACUCUGAAGAAAAAUUUUGGAAUGACUUUUGCGAGCAGGUCAAGGUCUUCAACACCCUCACGAAAGAUAUGAAAAAGAUAUUUCGCACUACCUUAAGUGAAGAAAAUUACAACAGACUUUUAGACGCCAAGAAGGUUUCCACUUCCGACUCAACUAUUGAACCUGACAAAUGCUAA